CACAAACGGAUUUAUCCGCUAACAACCAUGAAAGAGAAAAAAGAUUUAAUUGUCACUGUAGCAAAUCGGCAGUUAUUGAGGUUUCCCCGCUCCGAUUGACGCAACACGCCAAGAUUUUGCCAACGCUAAAGCAAAUCAGAUCGAAGAUUUGUGCUCUCUUCUAUCUCUCACUCGCAUCGAAUUCAGCAAAAAUUAAAAUUGAAGAACGAGUCAAAGAUAGAGAGAGAAAAACCCUAUUCGAUCACGAGAUCGUAAUCAACGUUUUUAGCAGAAUCAUCGGAGGGUAGAAAAAAUGCUCAACGAUGGCGAAGUAACUCCUUCUAGACAUGAGAUUCUGAGUAUGGUGAAGAAGCACUCAAAGUCAUUAGGAAAGACGUCUCUUGAUGAGCAAGAUGCGUCUGAUGUAGAAAUGGACUCUAAUUUCUGGCAUGGUGUGUUUGAUGUGUACUUUGUUCGUUGCAUGGAGUCGAGGAGGCGACAAGACGAUGAUCUUCUGUUUUUUGUCAGGAAAUUGAGCUGUAAGUCAUAUGGUUUGACUGAAAAUGAGGAUGCACCAGCUCCUUACUUUGUACGCAGGUGGGCACCUAAGUUAGAUGAGCUGCUUGGUGAAAGUCUGGCUGAAGUUGAUUGGAGGAAAUCAUUUUAUUUGAACAUGAUUGCCCACACAUCGUUCACUGUUACUGUUGCGAUUUGCAGUAAUGAGGCCCUUAAGACGUACCAAGGAAGUAAAGACACAAAACUAUCUCCUAUAUACAAGGUUGUAAAAACUGUAUAUGCAUCACCUAGUCGUGUUAAUUUUCAUCUGGACUCAAAGAAGGAAGUGGAAACAACACCUGCCUACCCAGAAAUUUGUUUUGCCGUAGAUGAUUUUGACUCAACCUUUGAUGCUGUGGUUCUGACAGAUAAAGAUCAUUGCUAUUGCGUACUACUUAAUUCUCACGAUGGGGCAGCCUUUCCAAGUGCAACUGUUAAAGAUUCGAGUGAUUCUAAUACGAAUGCUGACCCUAGAACUGUGAAAGAUCCUAAGGUUACUCUGUUUUCUGGGUUUGUCAGCUAUCAGAUGGUUCGAGAAGCCUAUGAAGGGGGGAGGAAUCGGUUUGGAAGUCUCCUAUCUCUCGGUCAUAUUACAGGAAAAGCAGACAGACUUUAUAUGAGAGGCCCAGGAGGACGUGGAGAAGUUGAAGUAGCUGUUUCUGGCGUUGUAGGUACUUUUCAUUUCUUAUGCUUGAAUGGCUCUUUAUUUUCCUGUUAGUGUUUUGUUUCCCUAUUUUCUCGAGUGUUACAGUGCAGUUAGUAAUAUUCCAUGGAAGAUAAAAAAAAAAAAGUAAAAACAUAGAGAAUGCCCUAGCCAACAAUUGUCUUAGGUCGGAUUGUCUUAAUAGCAGCAAUAUUUAAGAAGUACAAUCGCCAAAAUUUAAGAGUAGGAGACUUGUUGAAAUGUAUAUUGAAGACGUAGUAUGGUUUAAAGGAUGAUUGUAUAGAAUUGCUUUUCUCAGAUCAGAGCCAAGUAGUUUUAGGGCCUGUUUCACCUAUGUCUUCAAAGAAGAGCAUCGAUCUCGGAUCCAUUUUCCGUAAAGCAGCCUCUGUUGCAUCUGUCGCAGCUAAACAUGCAAUAGCAGCUGCUACUGCCUCUUAUGAUGAAGACGAGAUGUUCCCUCUUAAAUGCUGCUUAAUGUCCAUUUCAUUACCAUGGGACACUAUUGCUCAUGAUCUUUUAUUCAAGGUAACAAAUGAUUUCUCUUUAGCCACACCGGUCGUCAACAAUAGACACUAAUAGAUCUUUUCGAUAUUGCUGAUCGAUUCCACUAAUCGUCUUUAUUUAGGCAACUCCACCAGUCAACAUGGAGUAGCACACUCUGGAAUGAAGCGUAGGAAACAGAAGUUUGUGUGUUUUGUCUAAAUGUUUUUUUUUUUUGUACUUUGAUUGAAUAUUCCUUUUGUGAUGUUACUCGACUAUGUGGUUUACCACAACCACUGUUAUUACCUCAAGGAAUAAAUGAAAGUAAAGUUGUGAAUUUGCAAUCAUCAAGUCUAU